UGUAGCUCUCGAGUGUAGUCUUUGGAACAACUGUGGCAAGGAGAGCAAAGGUUUUCGUGUCUAGAGCUAGGAAUUUUUGCUGGAGUUUGUGAUCGAUGAUCAUCUCGAGUUUGAUUUCCCAAAGAAAUAUAGGAAGAAUCUUUUGCCACCAUUUUUUUUUCGAGGAGGCCGAGUCCACGCCCACGAAUUAAAUAAGGAAAGAGCGCGGUGGUCUCUCUAUCCCUCGAGAGACGAAUUCGAUCAAUCUCUCCUCGUGGGGGAGAGAAAAGAAAGGCAAAAAAGAUGGACUACCACCAGGUGUCUCUGCCCCCAAUCCAGCUCCAGAUCAACGAUUUCAAUCAGCCGAAAGAGGGCGAGUAUCACCAACUCGUGGAGCUGACGCUGGAUGUGAGGAAGGAUUCAGUGACCCUCCGGAGCAUCGCACCGAUUCCAGCGCAGAGCGCCCAAGCGGCUGAUCCUCACGGCAAUACUCUGCUGCUCGACACACGAUCUAAUUCCAAUUCCAAGAGGGCAUCGCCACAGGAGACGGCAGCGCUGAUCAAGAGCGCGUCCGCCAAGCUCAGCAAAUUCACAGGGGAUGUGUGGAGCCAUGUCCGGCAAUUGUCGUCGCGGUCGGGGAAGAAGGCCAAGGAUCAGGAGGUGGUGGCGCCGAGCAGCCGUGGCGCGGACAUCCGCAGGCUGGCGAGAUCCAAAUCGGGGGCCGAGCACGCAUUGCAGGGGCUGCGAUUCAUCAGCAAGAGCAACAACCAGAAGCUGGCGUGGGAAUUGGUGUCGCGGCGAUUCGACAAGCUCGCCAGCGAAGAGGGCUUCAUCGACAAAUCGGAUUUUGGGCUGUGCAUUGGAAUGGAGGAUUCCAACGAAUUUGCCGCGGAGCUCUUCGAUGCUCUGGCGCGGAGGCGAGGGCUCAAGCAGCUCAGGAAGCUGUCGAAGAGGGACAUGUACGAUUUCUGGUUGCAAAUCUCUGAUCAGAGCUUCGAUGCGAGGAUGCAGAUCUUCUUCGACAUGUGUGACAAGAACCUCGAUGGACGGAUUUCAGAGAGGGAGGUGAAAGAGGUGAUAAUGCUGAGUGCGUCCGCCAACCGGCUGUCGAAACUCAAGGAGCAGGCCGAGGAAUAUGCCGCGCUCAUCAUGGAAGAACUGGAUCCGGAAAACCUGGGCUACAUCGAGCUAUGGCAACUAGAGACGCUGCUGAUGCGAGGACCACACCCCAAGGAUCACAGCAGCCAGCAGGCGAACCAGAUCAUCACGAGCACGAAAGCACCAGGCAUCUCACGCCGAUUGCAGAGAUUCCUGAGGAACUCGCGGCAUUCUUUGGGUGAUAACUGGAGGCGAAUGUGGGUGGUGUCGCUGUGGAUUAUGGCCAUGGCCGGGCUCUUCAGCUGGAAGUUUGUGCAGUACAAGAACAAGGCGGCGUUCCAAGUCAUGGGCUACUGCGUUUGUACCGCCAAGGGUGCUGCCGAGACGCUCAAGCUCAACAUGGCUUUGAUCCUCUUCCCGGUUUGCAGGAAGACGAUCACCUGGCUUCGAUCGACUUGGCUCGGGAAUCUUGUUCCUUUUGACGAUGAUAUCAACUUCCACAAGAUCAUUGCUCUAGGGAUUGUUGUGGGGGUUCUCAUCCACGCAGGAACUCACCUGGCUUGCGAUUUCGUUAGGAUUGUCAACUAUCCUGACCAGGAGUUUGUAAGGAUGAUCGGGAAAGGAUUCCACAACAAGAAGCCAACUUAUGUGGACAUUCUUCGAUCGGUGGAAGGGGUGACGGGAAUUAUCAUGGUAGUAUUGAUGGUCAUCGCCUUCACUCUCGCGUCGAGAUGGUUCCGGAGAGAUCUCAUCAAACUUCCCUGGCCUCUCAAAAACAUUACCGGUUUCAAUGCGUUUUGGUACUCGCAUCACCUCCUCAUCGUCGUUUACAUCCUCCUCCUCGUCCAUUCCUUCUUCCUCUUCCUUACUUACAAGUGGCACGAAAAAAAUACAUGGAUGUAUUUGGCUGUGCCCCUACUGCUGUAUGCUGGAGAGCGAGCGUAUCGAGCUUGCAGGGCCAAUUACACUGUACAAAUCAUCAAGGCUGCGAUAUACCCCGGAAAUGUGCUAGCUUUACACAUGAGCAAGCCUCCUGGAUUCACUUACCACAGUGGAAUGUAUCUCUUCCUCAAGUGCGCUGAAAUCUCGCCCUUCGAAUGGCAUCCCUUCUCCAUAACCUCCGCUCCAGGAGAGGAUUUCCUGAGCGUUCACAUCAGAACUUUGGGCGACUGGACGCAAAAGAUGAGGAAGCUCUUCUCUGAGGUUUGCGAGCCAUCCACAGACAGCAAGAGCGGAUUGUUAAGGGAGGAACUAACCACGGAAGAGAUCCCAACCUCGCUAGGCAAAUUCCCAAAGCUGGUGAUAGACGGCCCGUAUGGAGGUCCUUCGCAAGACUAUAGAAAGUACGAUGUUCUUCUCCUCAUUGGACUGGGAAUCGGUGCCACUCCCUUUAUCAGCAUUCUCAAAGACAUGCUCAACCAGCGCAAGAUGGCCGAUCAGCUGCAAGAUUUAUCAUUCUCGAUUGAUAUGAGCAAGUCAUUUGGAUCUCCCAACGGAGCACUAGCGCUGGAGAGCCCCAGGAGACACUCGCUCGAAAGCCCACGUAGACGCAAGCGGAAGUGUCCCACAAACGCGUAUUUCUACUGGGUGACGCGGGAGCAGGGAUCGUUCGAGUGGUUUAAAGGUGUCAUGAAUGAAGUUGCGGAAAUCGAUCACAAGGCCGUGAUUGAGAUGCACAACUAUCUCACGAGUGUUUAUGAGGAGGGUGACGCGAGGUCUGCUCUCAUUGCAAUGGUUCAAGCAUUGCACCAUGCAAAAAACGGAGUUGACAUUGUUUCUGGAACUCGGGUACGCACACAUUUUGCUCGUCCAAACUGGAGCAAAGUUUUCUCAAACCUUUCGACGACGCAUGCUAACUCCACAAUUGGUGUUUUUUACUGCGGCCCGGCGCUGCUAGCAAAAGAGCUACGCACACUUUCACAGGAAUACACACAGCAAUCAAGCUGCAGGUUUGAGUUUCACAAAGAAAACUUCUAGACGAGAUCGAAGCAAAAAAAUUUAGGCGAGAGAGAUGUUAUGUACAUAAUUGUCUAACCAUUUGCGGCACAGGCGAAAGCAAAUCGCCUGCUACAAAGAGAAAAAGAAAAAGAAAAGAAAAUUGAAAACAAAUAAUAGAAAACUAUAGAGAAAGUUUAAUCUA